AUUCUGCGGGCGCGCGGACAGAAGCGUCAAGGAAGAGGAUGCGGCUCGAAGGACCAGACUUCUGGGCAUGGGCAUAUCUGCAGAACUAAACCUCAGAUAUGGAUUACAAGCUCGUGUUUGCAGCCUUGGAGACAGUAUGUGAAGACAACAUUUCUAUCUUGGGUGGGCCUUCUGAUUUGCCUUAUGGUGCUGUUGCUACGCGUCUGGCCAAUUGUAUGAAACAGAUUCAGGAGCAUGGACGAGCCCUGGAGCCUGUUGUCGCCAGCUUCACAGCUGUCUACCACCAUUAUGACUUUGAUGAACAAACGCCUGGGAAUGGCUACCGCACACUUGUCAAGGUCUUGCAGUCUUGCCUUUUGCACAUCAUUCACAAAGGCCGUUACAUUGCCUCAAACUACAACAGUGCCUUCUUCAGGGCCGACCACAAUGCCACUGAGAUGGAGGCGUACUGCAAUGCUCUGUGUCAGCUACGAGCCCUGCUCUACCUCGCCCAGCAGCUGAUUAAUGAUAACGCCUACGGCCAACUGUACUCCCUGCAGGACGGGGACCUGAGCAACAAGUUUGUAAGGGAGUACAGCUCCAUGCACAAAGCCUGUUUCUACGGCCGCUGCUUGGGCUUUCAGUUCUCACCAGCUUUACGUCCAUUCCUACAGACCAUUGUCAUUAGCAUGGUGUCUUAUGGAGAGACAUAUGGUAAACAGCAGUCUGGCCUGGGUAUGGCCGCCCUCUCUCUCCUCACAUCAGGAAAGUACGUCAUUGAUCCAGAGUUGCGAGGUGCUGAGUUUGAACGCAUUACGCAAAACUUGGACAUGCAGUUCUGGAAGUCCUUCUGGAACCUGACAGAGUCCGGCCUUAUAACAGGCUUUAAUAGAAUAGCCUCCAGCCCAGUGCAGGUGAACCUAACCAUGACUGUGCCUCCUGUUGCUCUACGCCUCCCCUUGGCCUCAGACCCCAAUCUGACUGCGGCUGUGUCUCCUCCUUUAGCACACUGGGGCCCCGGGCCUGUCCACAUGCGUCUCAUCUCCUAUGAGAUUCGAGAAGGACAGGACAGUGACGAGCUCCUGGCUUUGUCUCGUAGAGAUCCUCCUCCCAUCUCUGCCUCCCAGCUUCCCUGGGUGCAGAAGCAGCCCCGCUCCCCCUGGCUCAUCGUACACUUCCAUGGAGGCGGCUUUGUGGCCCAGACUUCCAGAUCCCAUGAGAACUAUCUUCGGACAUGGUCAAAGGAGCUCAACGUCCCCAUUCUCUCUGUGGAUUAUUCUCUGUCGCCUGAAGCACCAUUUCCUCGAGCUCUGGAGGAAUGUUUCUACGCCUACUGCUGGGCUCUAAAAAACUGUCAUCUGCUGGGCUCCACAGCAGAGCGUGUUUGUCUGGCCGGCGACAGUGCAGGAGGAAACCUCUGCAUCACUGUGACCAUGAAGGCCAUGUCCUGCGGCAUUCGAGUCCCAGACGGCAUCAUGGCAGCCUACCCCGCCACCUUGCUCACCACGGACGCCUCGCCCUCCCGUCUGCUCACGCUCAUCGACCCGCUGCUGCCUCUAGGUGUUCUUGCAAAGUGCCUCAAUGCAUAUGCAGGUGCAGACUGUCAAACAGUGCAGCCUGCAGUGGGGAACAGCGGCCUGAGCAGUCUGAGCAGAGAUACUGCCGUGCUGCUCAGCGAUCUCACCCAGGGAGCCUCCAACUGGAUCCAGUCCUUCCUGGACCCUGCACGGGCUACAGGUGGAACACGUUCACUGUCAUCAUCACCAAAGAGGUCCCAGAACAAUGGGACAGCCCACAGAACGACGAAUAACAACUCCACACAAAACUGUGGAGAUUACAUGGAGUAUCCAGAAGGCUUUCAGCCGCUGCGUUCUGAGUGCCUGGCGUUUAUUCGACCAACAUCCUGUCCCAUCAUCAAGAACCCAUUUGUGUCGCCCCUGCUGGCUCCAAACAACCUGCUGAGAGGCCUGCCGCCUGUGUACAUAGUGGCCUCUGCUCUGGAUGCUUUGCUGGAUGACUCUGUAAUGUUUGCCAAGAAACUGCGGGACAUGGGCCAGCCUGUGAGCCUGACAGUGGUAGAGGACCUGCCUCAUGGCUUCCUCAGCCUUUCACAGCUCUCCAAGGAGACUGAGGUCGCUUCAGCAAUCUGUGUGGAACAAAUGAGGAGGAUUUUUCAGCAGGAAAACCCAACCCCAUCUCUUCACAGACGACCAAAUCUGCAAGAGACUUAUCUCAGUACCAGUCAUUCAGGAUGACUCAGACGUAGGAACAUUUAGUCCUUGAGAAAGUGAUGUAAGGUGGCUUUUAGGGAAAGAUGCAAUAAAAUAUAGGAAAAGGAAAACCAGUCUGGGAAGAUUUUUAAGGAUUCAAACGCUGUAAUACCAGAGGAAGCCAGGGGAUGCUGCACUUGGAACCGAUAACGCACAACAUUUACUUUAGGCAGCAAUCACCGAAAGACGCCAAGAACUUUAACUGACCAUAACCAGCUCUAACAAGGAAGAAGUAUUUUUCUACUGAUAUUUACAUCACAGUAUAAAGAUCAGAUAUAUUGAGAAUAACAGAGACUGUAGUCAGCCCUUACAGUCUGGUGAAAACAUCAUGCUCAGUAUGUCAAUGAAGGGAGCUGUGGUGCCUUGCAUUCAAAGUGCUGCUACAUUUGAGUCAUGUAUGGAAAAAAAAGCUUUGCUUACAUCACCAAACUUACCAGGAGUAAAGGUAUACUGUACAGAAAAGUAAAUCCAUGCACUGUAGUAUAAUGGAUUCUAAUGGAAUCUGUCGUUUAUAAUCUGGCUUUGCCAGUUUGUCACACGUUUACAAUGCAUUGAAAAAGAGGCCUUCACCUUUGUUUACUUGCAGUAUGUACCAGUAAAUUUUGGUGUUAAAGUAUCUUCUACUACUGUAAAGUAAGUAUUAACAUAAUUAUUUAUCACUGUUAUAUUUUAAGUCUGAAUUAAAUCAUUACUGAAAGUUUAUUGUCUAAUUUCAUCUCUUAGCACAGCAGUACAAUGCAGCCAGCUGUUAACCUCUUGACCCUCUCAAUGUUGAACCUGGAUUUACAUGAUUAAAUCUGCCCUUUCAUACAUUGUAGUUGUUGGACCAAGGUUGGAAUUCUGUUUUUUCAUCUACCUGUCCAGCCACUCUAUUGUAGCAAGUAGCAUUAUUUAAUGAAGUAUAAUAAAAAUUGAU